GCUGCUCUCCUUGUUAAGGGUGUCUCAAUCUGUCCGAGCUCCCAGUGCCAAGCCUGCUUUCAUAAGAGCCACUCUCUUACACACUCACCCAGGACCCAACAAGCAGUCCAACACACACACGCACACACACGCGCACACACUCAGUGUGAGUGAGCAGCUAUAAGACACAGCCAGCAGCAGCUGAAGGUCACUCACAGAUCUACACAGCUCUCAGGAUGGACGUACUGAAGAAGGGAUUCUCCAUGGCCAAGGAGGGAGUGGUAGCAGCGGCUGAGAAGACCAAGGAAGGGCUGGAGGAGGCCGCUGCCAAAACCAAGGAGGGGGUCAUGUAUGUUGGUACAAAGACAAAGGAAGGUGUGGUUUCCAGUGUGAGCACAGUUGCCCAGAAGACGACUGAGCAGGCGAAUCUUGUGGGGGAGGCCACGGUAGCUGGAGCCAAUGAGGUAUCAGGGAAGGCAGUGGAGGGUCUGGAGACUGUAGUGGCAUCUGCUGGACUGGUCAACCCGAAUGAACAACUGAUCACUGAGGCCAAACCAUCCGAAACUGAAGAAGCAGCAGAGCCAGCUCCAGAUGCAGGACAAUAGGGUCGUUAUCUCUAGGACCGAUGGCUUCUUGACAUGAUCUGUUGGGUGUUUAAGAGGAUAAUAAGAGAGUUCAUGUUAACUGCAGUCAGUUCCCUACUGUUACUUGUGUUUUGAUCCCUCCAACAGCAAAGCUUUUUAGUGUGCCUCGAAAAACACUUCCCAAAUAGCAUUGAUAUAUAAAUGGCUGAAGUUGGGAUGAAGUAGUGGUAGUACAAUAAUACCUGAAUGCCUUUCACCUAAUGAAAAUCAAGACACACAUCUCACUGUCAGUUUUUCCAUCGUUUGUAUGGACCUUCCACUUAGCGUCUCCUCCCAGUUUCAUUAGUCACGUAGAAGUUGGUUUCUACAGCUAGACCUCCAAAACGAUUCUGUUGACUCCACCUGCAUUUAUUACCAGUUUGUCUUUGUCUUUCAUGAAGGCGUGUUCUGAACUUGUGAAGUACACGUAAUUGUCCUCCGUCACCAAGUGCACACAGACCUACACUGUUAUCUCUCCUCAAUCAGCCUUAUCACAACCUGCUUAUGCUUUGAAGUUCUAUCGUAUACACUUAUAUAUAAUAUAGAAAUAUAUGUAUACACCACUCACUUUGCUCUUGAGUCAGCUUGCACACUGGUGUAUUACACCUGCUGUACUUGUAGCAGCUGAAAGGCAUCCCGAAUCCAUGUGUCUUACUAACCCUUUGUACUAGUGCCUAAUACCUCAAAGAAGACCAGACUUUUGGUUAUCAGUAGAGAGGAAGUUAUAAACAUCUCUGCCUUCUUUGGAAUAAAAACGAAUGUCCUCACCGAGUUAAGUGAGUUUCUGUGUGGCACUGAAAGCAUAAUGCAAGACUAGAUGAAUAUGAUGAUGGAGAAAAGUGACAUAAUGACAAGCUCAGCUUUGGUUAACUAUCUGAGAACAAGUAAUGCUAUUGAGAUGAGGUGAGAACAAUCAUUACUGGCUUAAAAUGCAGUUCUGGUCCAACUGGCAAAUUACUAAUCAGCCUGCUUCGGCAACCCUUUCUUAAUUAUCCUAGUUCUUGUUAUGUAAAGCUGCUUUGUGACAAUGUCCAUUGUUAAAAGCACUAUACAAAUAAAAUUGAAUUGAAAAUUGAAUUGAAUUGUGGAAACAGUGCUGAAAUAUUAAAAAUGGAAGCACUGUUUUGCAGAAGCUAUGCAUGUUGCCUUAAACACAACUCACUAACUGAUUAUAACUGUGGUGCACUCUCUGCAAAUUAUUUUCCAGUCACUUGAUUUUUUUCAUUUUCUAAAUGAAUUCAGCACCUGAAAUAAAUGUUUGGUUAAAAACUAAAA